UAAGAUCUUUCCGUUCUUUGGUCCCUUUGCCGUUUAAUGGCACUUGCAAUAUCCACACUAUUUCUGGGAUGUCUACACUUUCUAUCAAGCCGGGGCCCUUGUUGGCAGCCUCUACUAAAAAAUUCCUUCUACCUGUGGGCAGUGUUUCUUGUGGACAUUCAGUCUCAGUCUUGAACAGCGUAACACCGCUGCUACCAAGUAUCCUUCAUCAGCAAGUAAGGACUGUUAUCCUAUACAGUUUACGAAAAGGGAAAAGGAAAACUGUGAAAGCUGUGGUUCAUCGGUUUCUCAGACUGCACUGUGGCCUUUGGCUGAGAAGAAGGGCUGGUUAUAAGAAGAGACUUUGGAAGAAAAGUGCUAGACGGAAACAGCGCUUGAGGCAACAAGUGUUUUGCAAUAAAACUCAAUCCAAGCUCCUUGAUAAAAUGACCACUUCCUUUUGGAAGAGAAGAAACUGGUAUGCCAAUGAUCCCUUCCAGAAAUACCAUGACCGUACAAAUCUUCACUUAUAAACUGUCAAAUGUACAUCAUUUUGUAUGACAUGAUCUUUAUGUUAAUCUAGAAAUAGUUCAUAUUGAUCACUUUUCCAUACAAGCAGAUAUAUAAUUAUCAUUAAAAUACAGGCAGUAUGAAUGACAUUAUUCAAAGUGGUUUAAAAUAGUUAUAGCUGUCCUGAAAUCUUAACUGUACAAAAUGGAACAUGUAGACUUGCUCCCAGUGUUAGAGCUGAAAAAUGUAAGUACCUGGCUUCAUGAGUUG